AUGGCUAUAACAGAAACAUCGGAAACGGGCACGCCGUCGCGCAGGCAUAGACGGAAUACCUCGUCCGUUAUUCGCUCCAUCAUGACGCCGCGAGGCCAUAAGCGAAGCCCUUCAGCUGGAGCGGUGCUCUCGCGCUCCCGCAGAAGUGACGAUGUCGACAUCAACGGAACAAAUGAAUACGAAAGACUUUCCAUCCAGCAUGUUGACCGCGGCGUGCUCGGAGAAAUGACUCAAAACCAAGAACGACCUCAGACGUCUCCUAAAAAGUCUCGCGACGGUAAAGAAAAAAGUCCAACCAAGCGCGGACUACAUAAACGGGCGCUCAGUACAAUCUCGCUCAAAUCACUGGCAAAGGAGAAGGAUAAAGAAUCAAAACAAAAGACACGUGAGGCCAAGGAAAGUCAACGAGAAGUCAAGAAAUCCAAAUCCCAGACGUCCCUAGUCGCGCUCCUUCGUCCAAAAGCAUCAAAGCCAAAUAUACGCAACAAGGAAGGAAAAGGCAAGGAAAACCAGGCUCCAACCACCAUGGCUCGAGAGGCGGUUACACCGAUCUGGGCAGAAUAUUCUUCUCAACCGUACCAAGAGAUUUCUCAUACGACUACUAUCCCUUUGCGAGACGGGCGAGACUCCACGGAUAGCGUGCAAUUGGUUUCAGAUGGCUAUUCCCCAAUCAAAAAAUCACUCGAGAAUUCUGAAAAUGGCCCUACAGCAAGGGGAAGGAUAAGAUCGCGAUCGAAACCUCGUCCCCAGUCCGCGUUCAUUUUCCCACCUCCGGCGAUGGCAAAUGCAGAAGGACUUGGGAUAACCUUCGCCGAUGCCGAUCCCUUUUUCACGCCCACGGCGCAGUGUGCGCGGCAAGCAGCAAUGCAAGACAUGGGAGAAUAUUUUAUUCCCGAGCGGCCAUCGCAAAGCAGUGCUCGUCCUGUCAUUCCCACCCGUCAGUACAGUGCUGACAGCCCUAGAGAAAGCCUCCACAUUUCAAAACGAGGCUCAAGAGUUAUGGCUGCUGUAGCUGCGUUUGACGGCAUAGCAAAAGAAGCAAUGGGCGAAAAAGCAGUUGAAAAACCGCAAAACCUUGACGCGGAAUUUGAAGCAGUGUUGGAGUCGAGAAAUGUUCCACAAAACCUGCGACAAAGGCUCAGGAGCCUUGACACCAGAAUCAAGGCGGACUUUGUCAAGCAGGACAAGGCAGAAACACCCCGGACACCACGCUACUCUCCGGCGAAAUAUCCAUGGAAUACCGAGGGUAACGAUCGAACGUCAUCGCAAAUGGAUGAGGCUGAAGUUGUAGUGGAUGAAGAAGACCAAAGCAGUCCUUCGAAACGCUCAAGACCGCUCAGCAAGACAUUUAAUCUCGGGAAGGGAGAGAGCGUUUCGCCCAAGAAACAGAAAUCCGAUGGCCCGAAUACCCACCGAAGAUCCAAGUCCUUUGACACCACACGAUCCAGCUCAGCUAAAUCCAUUUCUUCCAUUCGGACGGCGAGUGGAAAGAGCGUUGUCGCAAACUCCCAGCCGCUCGCGCUUCCCGAAGAUUUUGUUGACUAUUUGCGUACGGAACAGGACCCGGAGAAGGUCGAGGUUGGAAAAAUGCACAAGCUCCGCCUGCUUCUUCGCAACGAAACAAUCAAUUGGGUGGACAGCUUUAUUCAGCAAGGCGGCAUGAUGGAGGUAAUCGAGCUUCUGCACCGCAUCAUGAAAAUCGAAUGGAGAGAGGAGCACGAAGAUACAUUAUUACACGAAGUACUCCUCUGUCUAAAAGCGCUGUGCACGGCCAAAUUGGGUCUUGAAGAAUUGCCAAGCGUGCAGGCGUCGCUGUUCCCCGCUCUUUUGCGCAUGCUCUUUGACGAAGAAAGAAAAGGCCCAAGCGAAUUUGCAACUCGGGGGAUCAUCAUAACUCUGCUUUUCUCCUAUCUUGAAAAUGCCCCGCAGGCAGAGCUAGCAGACCGUGCCAAGACCGUCCUGUCAUAUCUCCGUGACCCGGCCCUGCCAGAGGAAAACAAACCUCUUGGUUUCAUCGACUCAAUGUAUCAGCCACGCCCUUACCGCAUCUGGAACAAGGAGAUUACCAACGUCACCAAGGAAGUGUUCUGGAUAUUCCUACAUCAUCUGAACGUUGUCCCAGUCCCGCAAGGCGCAAAUGCAGCGGAAGCCCACAACUACACGCAGGCGCACUUCCCCAAAGAGCGCCCUCCAGUCCCUGCUGCCCCCUAUAUUGGCGGAGUGGAAUGGGAGGCUACUAACUACCUUGCGAAUCACCUUGAUCUUAUGAAUGCAGUCAUCGCCUCACUCCCGACAGUCACCGAACGCAACCAGCUCCGCCAAGACUUGAAGUCCAGUGGAUUUGAAAAAGUCAUGGGCGGCAGCCUUCGCACUUGCAAAGAAAAGUUUUACGGAGCGGUCCAUGAUGGUCUCAAGACAUGGAUUGCCGCCGCUCUGGAAGAUGGCUGGGACGUCAAAGACGUGAGAAUGGGACCACCAGCCGAUGAACGCAAAUUCAAGUCCAGCCCUAGAAAGAAGGCCGACGCUCCGCCGAAACUUGAUUUACCAAAGCUCGAAGCGCCGAAAAUGGAUCUGCCGAAAUUGGAUAUCAAACUUGAUAGAGGUCUCGACGACGGCUGGGUUUGA